GAAGGCAUGUUUUAACGUGACAUUGAAAGAGUUGAUUUACACAUCCCAAAGGUAUUAACAUGUCAUUCUGAUUCUUUUAGAAUUGCAGAUGUGCACUAAACCUUGCCCAUUAUUGUAAUGUACUUUCAUUCAGCUUGGACUGUAAUGCGUUAUAUUCAUCUCCAAGCCGAGGGGACAUACACCAGAAGUAAACUUCUCAUGCUCCCUCAAAACAAACACCUUCAUGCCCAUUUCUUUCAGUUGGUGUGGAGCUCUAACUUCAUUUUCUUUACCGUAGUUAGUUGCAGAGUUCAUAAACAUACACUUUUUUUUUUUUAUUGAAACACCUAUUGCACGCACAGAAAAAUCCCAACAAUAUACAUACAUACGGUUUGUAAACACUUCAGGAAUAAUAAGUAUUUCAUUGGGUAAUUAAGCAUUGAGUCGGUUUUGUUCUUUCUCCACACAUACAACUAAAAGGCCAUGCUGGCGGUACAGAUGUGAUGAUCAUUAAACACAAAAAACAUAGGAAGGAUAAAAAAUUGAGAAAACAAAACAUUGCUAUUUUUGGAUACCACUCUGCAAAAAUAAAGUGAAUUUUGUCCUGAAGGUGGCACCAGAGGUACCGGCAUGCUUUUACAAGAAAGGUUUAUCCGCUGCAGGUGGCAAUUUAAUCUCAUGUUCAGCUUUAGAUAGAAUGCUCUCAGCACAUCAUUAUGCAUUUAAAAUCAUUUAAACGUCCAAGAACAGCAGCGCAUAAAUAAAUAUCAACAAUAUGGUCAACAAAGUCACUCUUCAAUAAAAGCGGAAGUGACGAAAUAUGACCGGAAGUAACUGCCACUGCAAUUAAAUGGCAGCCUACACAUUUGCCACGCUUGCCCUGUAAACCGCUGCUUUUCUUAGUUUUCUCUCUACUUACUGGCAAAGACCCCUCUUCAAACAUGUCCGGGCGAAACAACAACAAGCUGCCGAACAAUUUGCCACAGCUGCAGAAUCUUAUAAAAAGAGAUCCACAGUCAUACGCAGAUGAGUUUCAGCAGCAGUACCGACACUACCAGUCCAACAUGCAGAUCUUCAAACUGCAGCCUGACAAGCCGAACAAGGAGCUGGCAGAGCUUGUCAUGUUUCUCGCCCAGGUUGGCCAAUGCUACCCGCAGCAGCUGUCCACCUAUCCACAAGAGCUGUCUGGGUUAUUAAUGAGUCACCACACAAUGAUAGAGUCAGACCUAAGAAUGACUUUCUGCAAAGCGCUGAUUCUUUUGAGGAACAAAAAUCUAAUCGACCCCACCAGCCUCCUGGAGCUCUUCUUUGAGCUGCUGCGAUGUCACGACAAACUUCUCAGAAAGACACUGUACACACACAUUGUGGCAGACAUCAAAAACAUCAAUGCCAAGCACAAAAACAACAAAGUUAACACAACGUUACAGAACUUCAUGUACACCAUGCUGAGAGACAAUAACCCCCUGGCAGCAAAGAUCUCUUUAGACGUAAUGGUGGAGCUUUACAAGAGAAACAUAUGGAAUGAUACCAAAACAGUUAAUGUCAUAACUACAGCGUGCUUCUCCAAGGUUACAAAGAUCGUUGUUGCCGGUCUUAAAUUCUUUCUGGGCAAAGAUGAGGAUGAGAAAAAUUCAGAUGAUUCAGACUCGGAGGCGGAGGGACCAUCAGUCCGAGACGUGAAGGUGAGAUACUCCACUGGCAAGAAAACCUCCAAAAACAAGAAGAAGAUGGAAAAGGCGAUGAAAGUCCUCAAGAAACACAAGAAAAAGAAGAAGGUGGAAGUGUUCAAUUUCUCUGCUAUUCAUCUCAUUCAUGAUCCGCAAGAUUUCUCUGAGAAACUCUUGAAGCAGUUGGAAGCCUCUAAAGAGCGCUUCGAGGUGAAGAUCAUGAUGAUGGAGUUCAUAUCCAGACUGGUUGGAAUCCACGAGCUCUUCCUCUUCAACUAUUAUGCCUUUAUUCAGAGGUUUCUACAGCCCCAUCAAAGAGAGGUGACAAAGAUUCUCCUGUGUGUGGCCCAGGCUUCCCAUCAACUCGUCCCACCAGAGAUCAUCGAACCCGUAAUCAUGACCAUCGCCAACAACUUUGUGACGGAGAGAAACUCUGGGGAGGUCAUGACUGUGGGCAUCAACGCCAUCAAAGAAGUGACAGCCCGCUGUCCGCUCGCCAUCACUGAGGACUUGCUGCAGGACCUGGCUCAGUACAAGAUCCACAAAGACAAGAAUGUGAUGAUGUCUGCCAGAGGACUGAUCCAGCUCUUCAGGAGUCUUAAUCCACAGAUGCUGCACAAGAGGGACAGGGGGAGACCCACAGAAGCAUCGACAGAGGCCAAGAUCAAAGACUACGGAGAGCUGGAGGCUAAAGAUUACAUUCCUGGAGCUGAAGUCCUGGAGGUGGAGGAGGGGAACAAAGAGGGAGAGGAAGGCGGAGAUGGCUGGGAGAGCGCCAGUAUGAGUGGUGAUGAUGAAGAUGGGGAGUGGGUGGAUGUUCACCACUCGGCGGAUGAAGAAACAGGAGAAAUGGCGGAGAAGCUUCAGAAUAUGCCAGUCGAGGAAAGGAAAGCCAAAGCAGCAGCGGUCAGCGGCAGCAGGCUCCUCACUCAAGAUGACUUCAAGAAGAUCCGUCUGGUCCAGCUGGCUAAGGAGGUCAAUGGUGCACCAGGCAAAGGCCAGAAGAGGACAAAUGUGGACCUCGAAGAAGAGGACAACAGAGGGGAGGUGCUGACUUUGAGGAACAUUGAGAAACUGCAUAAGAAACCAAAGGCAGACAAGGAAACGCGCCUGGCAACAGCAAUGGCGGGACGGCCCGACCGCAAGGAUUUUGUCAAAAAGCAUACCAAGCUGAACCCACACGCCGGCACCAGCAACAGGGAGAAGAGGAAGACGAAGAACUUCAUGAUGAUGAGACACAGUCAGAAUGUCAGAACAAAAGGCAAACGCUCCUUCAGAGACAAACAGAUUGCUCUACGGGAUGCGCUCCUGAAAAAGAAGAAGCAGUACAAGUAGGACACACGGACAUAAUGUUAUAUUUGCUUCGUGGUGGCCAUCGCACGGUGACAGUGACAAAUAAUAUUGAACUUCAAGUAGCUUGCUGGUGAACUGCAUACAUUUACUCUGCUCUGAAAUAAAACAUUUUUGGAUAAUUA